AUGCCUCCAGUCUCCCCCAACACCACAGUUUUCUUCGACGUCGAUGGCACGUUAUUCGAUCACUACCACUCAAUGCGCUGCGAUCAUCACGUACAACGAGGCCGAUUCCAAAAAGUUCCGGUUGUUCUUCAAGAGCUAGAUCUCGCUAUACCAGGCGACGAAGACCUUGCCGAAUUCCGAAAUAUCUAUAGGCAAGCUUAUCGCAACAGUCGGAGAGCAACACCGGGAAGCAUCGAGACGCUUCUGCAGUUGCGAGAGCAGGGCGUGCGCCUAGCUAUUUUUACGAAUGGCCAAGCAAAAGACCAACUAGAGAAGGCGAAAGCUAUUGGAGUGCACCAUUUUAUGGACUACAUGAUCACCUCAGAGGAAGCAGGCUGUUGCAAGCCAGACACCGCUAUCUUCCAACUCGCCAUCGAAGCUCUGGGCUGUUCUCUCGAGAAGACCUACAUGGUUGGUGAUUCUGUGGAGUCUGACAUUAAAGGGGCGAUCAAUAGCGGCAUGAACGUGAUUCUCUUCUCGCCGAUGGCAACAAAUAGCCACCUAUCGGUGAACGCGAAGACGGUCCCCGUUAUUCAAGAUUUGUCCCAGCUUACCAGAAUCCUUGGGGUUAGAGUGUUUGUCAUGGUACAAUUUGAGAGCUCGGGCAAAGUAUUUGCUGCAUGGAUCCAAAAUAUUUUCACCGGUAAAGCCCCACAGAUGAUGUUGAAAGCCUCAUGCCUUUUCAACUCAAAGUCAGGAGAGGGAAGAGCGAACUCAGGUUCUGUUCAAAAUUUUGGUCUCCGAGUUCGACUACAAGGAGCAUUAGCUCAGUUCGCACCAAGUCAAAAGGUUAAGACGGAGUUGAUGAUAAUCGGAAAUGACAGGGAGGCUUAUUCCAAGUUUCUCGGGAGAAACCACGUGACACUAGCCCGACUCCUGAAGCACACCAUCGCUGUCGACCCGGCGGCGACAUGGGCUGGUCUACCGCUCUCUUUCAUCAUCGACUUUUUGCCUGCUAUGCAGCCACAUCUCUAUUCCAUUUCCACUUCACGCAUUACAUCGCCUCGGAGUGAGGGUCUAACUGUGUCCGUCAAGCCGUCGCCACUACUUGAGAAUCAAGAUAUCCAAAUUCCUGGACUUGCGAGCACCCACCUAUCAAAACUCCAACCUGGACAAGUUUCUUCGGCAGGAGAGCCAACUAUCGACUUAUCCUUUGUUCACGCCCAAAUUCGCGGGUCGACGUCCAAGCUCCCAUUUCUUUCAUCAGUACCUCUGAUCAUGGUGGCAGCCGGCACUGGAGUCGCCCUCUUCCGCACAUUCAUCCAAGAGCGUGCUAGGCUUGCUUCUGUAGGCAAGGAAGUGGGGCGAAUGAUUCUGUUCUUUGGAUGCCAGAACAACAGCGACUAUCUAUACCGUCACGAGUUUGCCGAGUGGAUGGCUGGACCCCUCGCUGGUAAACUUGAGGUCGUGACAGCGUUCUCAAGGGCGGACAGUGAGAAGUGCUAUGUCCAGAACAAAGUGCAAGCCAGAGGCGAGGACGUUGGGAGAAUGUUGCUGGAAGAUGAUGCCGCAUUCUACAUCUGCGGUGCGGCGAACAUGGCGAAAGAUGUUGGCAGCGCUGUCGAGAGAAUUGUGAAACAGGCGAAUGGCUGGGAAGGUUCCCAGGUGGAAAGUUGGAGACAGGAGAGAAAGCGGUCAAAGAGAUGGUUCGAGGAUGUUUGGACUUAG